AUGAGGAUAAACAAAAAGGACGAAAUCGUGAACGUGUUGUUCACCGUGUUUCUGCUAGCCACUCAGCAGAUCUGCCUUCUCUACGGAAUACUGAACAGCGCGAGAAGUAACAACAUGUACCUGCUGUUCCUAAUCGUGGAUGUCUUCCUAUGCGUGUACAUUGUGCUGAGCCUUUACGAUGAAAACAACGCAGGGGUCAAAAUAUCCAUCCAAUGGAUGAUGUACAUGACCACAUUGAGUACAAAAAUGGCCAUAUUUUGUUUUCUCAUAAAAAAUGAAAAAAAAAGCAGUGACCAAAAGAGCCUUCUUUUCACAUAUCUAUCGAAUGAUGUGUUAGUAUACAACUUGCUCUAUUUGACUCCAUUCAUCUAUCUCUUGUUCUCUCUGAGAAGUAGAAAUAUAUUGGAGAAUAUCCUGAACAACAAAAUAGUCGUAGAAAAUAUCCUCAGUAUUGAUGUGAACAUAAUAAACCUAUUCGAUCUCAUCGACUUAAUUUUCAUGUAUUCCCAUUUGACCAAUCUGUACAAAAUAUUGGACCAUGUGAAGACCUAUAGCUUCCAAAACGUACUUAUAAUGCUUAUCGUUGUACUCGUGGAUAUUUCUCUCUUUGGAUUUUACUUCCCUAUUUAUACUAAUAUAGACAAAUCCUACUCGUACAGCCAGGAGUCGGUAGGGAUGCUUAAGGGAGAGAGACCUGGGGAAGGGGGUAGAUCGAGGGACAAAGGUACCAAACGAGAUGGUAAGAAAACAAAACAUAGCAAAAUAAUCAAACAGAAGAAGCGUAUUCACCAAAGUGACUCAUAUGGUAAGUACGAAAUGGGGGAGAGGAAAAAGGGUAAUUUUCUUUACGCCACUAAUGGGGGAAGUGGUAGUACCACAAUUGGGAGAAGUGGCAGCACGACAAUUGGGAGAAGUGGCAGCAUCUCAGUUGGGAGAAGUGGCAGUAUCUCAAUUGGAAGAAGUGGCAGCACUGCAAUUGGGGGAAGUGUCGGAGGCAGAAGCAGCGCGAGUCGACAGAGUAGUGCAGGUAGCUUUCUCAGCAGAGGAAGCAGUAUACGUGUUCAAAGCGGAAGCCAUAGCAGUGUUCGCAGUCGGAGAAGAGCUACUGUAAUAAAUCCAACAAAUGUGCGAAGUGGAGCAAAUGUAUCAUUUUUGGAUAAGUCCAACAUGAGGUACAUGAAGACAAACGGAGUUUCUAAAUUCUUUUACUCGGAGAAUGGCACAAACAUGGGAGUGGUAGAAAAAAUGAACCCCCCCUCCUCCUCUUUGGUUUCCAACAACUCAAAGGAAUCCACGUACGCAUCAUCCAACAUGUCAAAGGAGUUACUCUCAAGGGACUUUUCAACUUCGUCUUUUUCUUCAUCCUCUGCGAAUUCAUCAUAUUUGUCAUUACAUGAAUCUAACUUGGGCUCCUCUCACUCUGCGUCCUCCACAUCCUCCUCGUCCUACCUGCCGUCUCUCCUGUCCUUCUCCUCCAAUGAGAACAAGACCAAGUCUAGUAAAUCUUACCACCAGAAAUAUAAGGAUGUCUACACGGACGUGUACAUAACGGCUAAGUUUCAUUUCAUCGUGGGGUUCCUCCUCAUCGACGUGCCCUUUUUCAUAUACAGACUGCUCUUCUGCCUGAAGCACAAAAUGAUGCUGACACUCAUCGUGAAGAACGUCCUGUUCCUGCUGUUCCGAUCGUACAAGCUGAACGAGUACCGGCUAGUCGAGAAGGAAAAAUACAAAAAGAACAAAAGCAAUCUAGAUUUCGACUUUUACAACCUGUUCAGCGUAGAUUCGGAGGGGAAGCUGCGAAUGGCCAAGUUCUGGAAGACGGAGGAGACGCAAAAAGCAAGAGAGACCGACGAGCACGCAAGGUGAAUGGAGGUAUUCAAGGAAGAAUUUAGAGAGAACAAAAAGAAGCUGCUGUUGGAGAAGGCAGCCGCCAUGCAGGAAAUGGAAACAAACAGAAAUAGCGAAAAGGCCAAUCGGGGAAGUAUCCCCCUUGGAAAGGUCAUAGACAACAAUAACGGAGAAGAACACACAGAAAAGCGGAAUGGUGGAGAAGCCCCAAAUGGGGGGAACCAAAAGAAGAAGAAAAAAAACCCACGACCAAAAUUCACUUGGAAAGAACGAAGACAAAUGAAAAAUAAAUUUCGGAAUUUCAAAAAUUUGAUUUAUAAGUUAAAAUACAAAAGGAAGAUACCGAUAUAUCAUUUCAAGGUAUGGGAUCAUAUCCGAGUCAUGUGUAGUUUUUUGUUAAAGGGGCGUGGCAGUUCGAAUUUUGUAUACUUAGAUGACCAGCUGGUUUUUUCCUACUUCACAAAUCUCCGACUCAUGCUUCUUGUAUUACUUAAUUAUGUAAUGAAAAUCGGAAUUACCAUUUUUUUUAUUUUUCUCUUGUUGAAUAAUCACAUACGACUAAGUCAGCAGGACUUCGUCUAUAUGUACGACAUGCCUGUAAAGCCAUUGGGGACUCCUGGAGUGGGUCGGGGAGACAUGCUCAGUUUCCCCCACAGCUUCGAUCUCACCAAGCACACAAAUCUGCAACUCCCAAAACAACCCAUUCCUAUAUAUUAUAUAAACAAAGACAUGGAAGAUAAUACGAAGCAGUUCACAAAUCGCAAGUAUGUUCCCAAAGGGUAUAUCCAAUUAGAUAUGCCAGAAAGCUUAUUCAACUCCACAUGGGAGCAUAUGUUUAGCCUAGACAAGAUGUAUAUGUAUAGUUGCUUGGGAUUUUUUUUUCUUUAUUUUGUUUUGCUUCUAGGGACGUCCACUUUUUUCGAUAUUCUGUUUGGGGCCCUAGUGAAUACGUUGAGUCACUUAUCUUUUUAUUUUUCUCUAAAGCAGUUUGUUUUGUUUUUUUUUACUUUUCAUGGGAAUUUAUACAAUAGCGAUUAUGUUUUUCACGAGGGGCGUAUUCGCAAGCUGAACUAUGAGUUCGAGUAUUUGUUGCUGCUUUUGUUUAAUUUGCAUCACUUUGCUUCCCUGUGUAAGCACGCCUCUCUGUUUCUGCGCGUGUUGUUCAACUGCAGGUACGUCUAUUAUGGGAGGAGCCUGGGCCGAGCACGCAACGGCAGGCGCAACCAGCUGAGGCACUCCGUGAGCGUGUACCUCCUGUUCCUCCUGUGCAAGUACGCCCACGCACCGGUCAACCUGAACACCCUGCUCUUCGGACAAAACAUCCUGAAUAAUAUUCUCCUCAUAGACAACAUAAAUAGCUUCACCUGGGGACACAAGUACUUAUGA